CUGUGUGUGUGUGCAGGGCUCUCGUGUUCUGCAGAGGAACAUUCCAGCUUGGUUCCUCGUGCUGGAGAUGUGUCGAGGCUGUCCAGCUGCAUUUUGCAGUGCUGUGUUUGGGGUGCUGCUGUUCUCCUUUUAUUUUUGAUAAACCACACGAACAGGGCUUCUUGUGGUGAUACCCAGUGUAAGCCUUGUGUUCUCCUGCCUUCCACACAGCUUUUAAUCUAAAAGCUCUUGAGCUGGAGCUGUCAGACUGCUGUCACCAGUUCUGUUUCCUUCUGCUCCUGGGAACUCAGGAAUGGAGACUUCAAGACCUUUCACUGUCCCCUACAACCACUCCAGGCUUCAAAAGCCAUUUCUUUUGUCCCAGUGUAGUUUCAUCUCAUGUUACCUGUGAGUAUCCUGGCAUGAUGAGGGAGGGAGCUGUUUGAUACUGCUGUUCUUCUUUUGGGAUAUAGAGCUGAGAGCUCCUCUCUCCCAUUAAGUAAAAGAGCAUCUUUGGAGCUGAGUGUUUUGCUGAGCAGUGCUCAGGGCCAUAGGGACCCCUUUAGGCUGCUGUAAUUCAGCUUAAAGAGAUGACUGUGGACACAGACACAGGCCACCAAAAUGCUCUGCAGAGCCUGUGGUGUCUCCCUGAGUAAGAAUAUGUCUCAGCUCAGGGAUCUGGAGUUCCUUGUGUUAGACCACUUUAGGUUAUGUAUAAAAAGCUCGCUGUGGUGUGGUUCUCCCUCAUUUUUUGCUGGAGGGAGGACUGUGAUAUCAGCCUUCCUAAAGUCACUCCCUAAGGCUUCUCUGAUCCUCAUCCUGCAGUUCCUGCAGAGGUCCAGGUUCUCCGGUGGCUUCACUCGUAGAGAUGAGGACUCGUGAGUUAGAAAUGGUGAGAAAAUCCACAUUGAGCUUUGUGACUGUCUCCUCCUUUGGUUUUCUUAAUUAUAAAUUAAGUGGGGAUAAUCUGUCUUCGUGUUGCAGGCAGUGUUGCAGAACAAUAAGCAAAAGCCUCGAUCUCUUCCAGUCUGGGCAGUCACUGGGCAGUGAUCAGGAACCACGGAGCAGGAGUUGAGCUGGACACCAGGAGGAGUAGAGGAGGGCUCUGAAUCUCAGGAGGAAACUGGUUAGAAAUGUAUCCCUUUCCUGCUGAUGCUGUUAAACCAGCAUAUGAGGAGCAUUAGCAGCUUCACAAGAGACAGAGUGAGUUAGUAAGGAAUGCAAAAAUGUACCCUCCGCAGGUGCUACAGCCGCGUGAAGGAGCACGGCGUGGGGAAGAGGAAAAGCAGCUACACGUUUGAGCAGCUGGAGCAGGUGUUUGGGCAGGGAGGAUGGGACUCCCAGCCCUGCCAGCCCGUCCUCAUCAACAGCAGCGGCUUGUACCAGGAGCUGGAGUCGGAUGGCAGCACGAUGGAGGAGUAUUCCCAGGAGGACUGGGGAAACCACAGUCAGGACCUUCACUGCUACCAGACCGGCGAGCAGGAAUUGGAUGAAAUGCCUACCACAAAAAGAACAUUAAAGAUAAAACAGGAGUCUUCAGAAGACGCGCAGAAGCGUGACGUCAUGCAGAACAUUAUGCAAAUCUUGGAGUCAGUCCAGUUGAAGUGGGAGCUGUUUCAGAGCUGGACGGACUUCUCCAGGCUCCAUCUUUCUAACAAACUGGCCAUUUUUGGCAUCGGGUACAACACCCGCUGGAAGGAGGAUAUCCGUUACCACUACGCAGAGAUCAGCUCCCAGGUCCCCCUCGGCAAGCGGCUCCGGGAAUACUUCAACUCGGAAAAACCGGAGGGCCGGGUGAUCAUGACCCGAGUGCAGAAAAUGAACUGGAAAAACGUUUACUACAAAUUCCUGGAGAUCACCAUCAGCGAAGCCCGAUGCUUGGAGCUGCACAUGGAGAUCGACUGGAUUCCCAUCGCUCACUCCAAACCCACCGGGGGGAACGUGGUGCAGUAUUUAUUGCCGGGAGGGAUCCCCAAAAGCCCUGGCCUGUACGCCAUCGGAUACGAGGAGUGCCACGAGAAACCCCCCUCCCCGCUGGCCGAGCACCGGGCGCCUGACCCCGGCAAUGAGACUCCAGGGGAGCUGGAGGUCCCCUCUCCGCAGGCCUCCCUCCGGGUGGAUAUGGAAUCCGCCCGGAUUAUCUAUUGUUACCUUGGCAUCGCUGAGGUCCGGACUCUCCAGCAGUGCCUGUUUUUACACUUCCAGGCAAACACCAAAACCUUCAGCAAAGAUUGGGUCGGGAUCAACGCCUUUUUAUCUCAGAACUGCGUCGUAGAGCCCGGCGUCUCGCCCAAAUCCAUCUACAUCAAAUUUGUGGAAGUGGAGAGGGAUUUUCUGUCCGCCGGCUCUUUGGUAGAGUGCCUGGAAAAAGCCAUCGGGUACCCCUUAAAAUUUAACAACUGAGUCUCGUCCUUCAUAAGGAUCAGGGCUUUUCCGCCCCAUUUUCCAUCUCACUCGGAUCCUGUCCGUUCACAGCCGGGCGCGUCGGACUUUCCCGCGCGUUGGGGCGCGCGGA